AAAAACUCAGUUGAUAUGCCGCCACCACGCGGCAUACUUUAUUAAAACAUGAAUAAUUAGUUCAAAAUGACUUUUUGGUUGUUUCUCGCGGUCUUUCUGUGCGGUGGGUUGUGUCAAAGUGAAGAGAGUGAUUUAGGAUACGGAUUGAAUAUCGGAAAUGCUAUCGACGUGUUUGCCAAUUAUGGAGAUCUAUCACAAGUUACACAAGUGGUAUCCGCCGAUUACGAGGAAGAAAACGCAGAGCACGUAGAACCUUUCAGAGAGAAGAACAUCCGCUUAUUCUCAAACAUCAGCAGCAGACAAGUCUCGGGAGAUACGAUGAUCGAUAUGAAUAUUUUACUUUGUGAAACUUUCGAUGACCUCUUGGCGACUUAUUUCGAAAACUUUAGAAUAGAAGGAACAGAUAAACCAUGGAAGGCGUUCUUGGGUGAUUGGAUACUCGACGAAAUAAUGCGUGCAUUCGGUAUCGAAUACGACACUAAACCUGACAACUGUUGUUACGUGCUGGUGAAGCUGAUGAAAGUACACAAGUCCGUGCAAUUGGACAGUUUGGAUAACGUAACCGUCAAAGACUACGUGAAGAGAGCUAUAGACAAACUGAAUGUGAGCGAUGCUAGCGACGUUAGGAGAUUUAUGAAGAGCUACGGUACUCAUUACAUCGAUUCCUAUGUUACUGGGAAUUUUAUUUAUCAAGUUUUCAAAUACAAACGAACGGGAUACAAUCUCCUCCGAGCGUACAUACGACAGCGAAACAUGCGUCAAUCAAGUUCCGACAACCUGCGCUUUUAUUUUUCAUCGUAUUUCCUCAAACAAGUCGGAGAAAUACGGAUAGCGAGUGGUAACAAAACAGUAGAGACAUGGGCAAAGACGAAUCUAAGGGACAGCCAAUAUUUAUAUUCAAGACCAAGUCUACUUCGGUUGCAUUACAACCCAAUACUGGCAUUCAAACUGAAUGAUUUGUUAGACAACGGAGCUUUACUUGGUCUUGGUCUUAAGACUCUAAGACCAUUGUUCAAAGACCGGCACAAAGCUGACAUGUUCGCGGAGAUCGUAGAAAACGAUAUGAAACUUUGGGAGGUUAACGCGUAACAUUAAUUUUUAAUGUGAACGAAAUACGGGUAAAAGAUCACCAGACCUUUUCUUUACUAGUCUUUUGUCUGUCAAUUCAUCAUAUUUUCCUUUCAAAAACCAGAAUUUCCGUGAAAUCUUUUAAUAUUCUAAAUUAAAAGUGAUGGUGAUCUAAGACAAUAAAAUUUUUUAUGAUCUGUAAAAUUUUGAUACUUUUUAAAAUAUGUGAUUUAUGGAAAGAUUAGAAAAGAAUAACGACUUUCAGAUUGCAGAGAAAUCCAAAUUUUGGUCGUAUUUGAUAACUUUGGGCAACAACAAAUAGAAAUUAACGUAGAUGAAUGAAUUUAGUCUUCAAUACCGUUUAGAUUAACACAUUCAAUGCCACCACGAUUUCAAAUAUAAAAAUGAACUCGCAGGACGAGUGGUGGCACUAAACGUGUUAAUCUUUAAAGACAUAAUUGUAAAUAGUUAAAAUAAUUUGAUUCA